CACGCCGUCGCCCGCAUUGCCUGCACACCCACCCGCUAACACACAUCAAUGGAUACGCAUCCCACAUCGUCGCCGUUGCGGUCUGCGCCGCUCGCGGACGUCAAUGCCUGAUCGUACCUCUCGAGCAGUCCUCACGAGGGGGGAAACUGGUCCCCUGCACCCCUCGCCAUGAUGGCUUACACCCACAACUCAAUUUGCCUCUAGGCAAUUUUUCCUCAACCGUCCCUCAAUGUAGUUAGUCACUACAUCGUUGCGCCGCUUCGUGGAGAGCGGCAAUGGUUCACUUAUGAAUGGGAGCCUUCUCUUGCCGUUCCGUGUAAUGUCUCUUUUCUCUCUUUCCUGAUUUCCUCACUCCAUCUCUGUUCCUGUUGAGAUCUAGAGACUACGGUGUGUCUUCACCAUCUUGCAAACAUUUGUGUUUGCGUCCUUUCUUUGAUCUUAGAUCACAUCUACACUCUUUCACGGCCUCGGCCACCUUACAAUCGUUGCGAACAACGUACAAAAACACUUAAUCGUCUAAUACUACUACAUCAAACAUGCUCUUCAGCAAAUCAUUCGUUGCCGCCGCCGCGGUCAUCAGCCCGGCCCUGGCCCAUUCUUCUUCACAGACAACCACGAGUGCCUCGCCACUUCUCGGACUCAACCUUUACUGGGGACAGUAUGGCCAGCCUACCGACCGCCUUUCAAGCUAUUGUGAUGCUCCGGGUGUCACCUCCGUCUCUCUAUCCUUCGUCACAUACUCUCCCAAGAACAGCGCUGGAUACCCCGGUACCAACUUCGCCGGCCACUGUGGCGGCGAGGUUUACUACAAGAACCCCAAGACUGGCGAAGACACCAAGUUGAUUAUGAACUGCGACUACGUCAAGAAGGAUAUUCAGUACUGCCAGGCCAAGGGCAUCAAGGUUCUCCUGGCUAUUGGUGGUUACUGCCCAACCGGAGGCCCCUGCAGCUACGACAUUGACAGUGAGCAGGAUGGCCAUGAAUUUGGCGAUUUGUUGCACAAGACUUUUGGUCCUUACGAUCAGGGAUGGAACGGCCCUCGUCCCUUUGAUAUCAGCGAGACUGAGCACAUUGCUGUUGACGGUUUCGACUUUGACCUGGAGUUCAAGUAUUCCGACCAAAAGCCCUGGAUCAAGAUGGUUGAGAAGCUUCGCAGCUGCGGUAUCUACCACAUUUCUGCUGCUCCCCAGUGCCCGACGUCAGACACCUGGUUCCAGCUCAAGGAGCUCAUCUACAACGCCCAAUUCGAUUCCCUCUUCAUCCAGUUCUACAACAACCCGGGCUGCCAAAUCACCGAUACUCCCAACUACGACGACUGGGAGACGGUCAUUUCUCAGACCUCCAAGAGCAAGGAUGCGAAGCUGUACAUUGGUGUCCUCGCCAGCGUCGAGUCCGGAUGGAACGGUUAUGCUCCUCCUUCCACGAUCAAGGACUUGAUCUGCAAGUACCAGAGCAAGCCGCACUUUGGAGGUGUUUCUAUCUGGGAUGCCACCCGUGGCGCCAUCAACCAGAUCAACGGCCAGUCGUUCCACGAGGCCAUUGCCGAUGCUCUCAAGUACGGUUGCAACCCCAUCCCUGCCAAGACCUCCACCAUCAGCAUCUCGACUUCGACUUCGUCCGUGAUCUCUUCCACCGGCACCUCGUCUGCCAUUGUUUCCACCACUUCGGCAAGCUCUAGCUCUAGCUCCAGCUCCGCGACCUCGAGCUCCAGCCAGUCCGCCUCGGCAUCCGUUUCUGCUUCAGGCUCUGCCUCUGCUUCUGCUUCCACCUCGACUUCCGUGUCUGCCUCUGCCUCAGUCUCUGCUUCCGUGUCAGCCACUGGCUCAGCAUCAUCGUCUGGCUCAGCAUCUGGAUCAGCAUCGGCAUCUGGCUCGGGAUCUGUCUCCGCAUCAGCGUCUGCUUCUGUGUCCGUAUCAUCCUCCGCAUCAUCCUCCGCGUCGGCCUCGGCCUCGGCUUCACUCACCUUCUUUGGCAACUCUUCGGCGUCUGCCACGGGAUCUGCUUCGUCACGCAUCAUCACAACAUUGAGCUCCAACGCCACUGCCACUGCUAGUGCUUCUACGACCAAGUCUGCGACUGUUUCGGACACUUGCGAUGAGGACGACGAGGACUUCCCAACCACCACGGCGGGUAACUCCCACACCGCCACUGCUACUGCCACCGGCUCAGCAGACGCAACAAAGACUGCCUCUGGCAGUGUCACCAACAAGGCCACUGGGCCUGCCACUGGGUCUGCAACUGGUUCUGCUACGAGGCCUGCCCAGAACUCCUUGACGGUGUCCAUCUCAGACAAGCCCACCGGCACCAAAUCAGCUACCGAGUCCGCCAAAAACACACUUAGUGUCCCCGAGCAGCUGACCACAAGCACGGUUUUCACCACCAAGAUCACCACCGUCACCUCUUGCAAGCCCGAUGUGCCCUGCACCAAGGGCCAGGUUGUCACCGAGACCGUUCCUUGGUACACCACUGUCUGCCCCAUCACGGCAACAUCGUCCGCCGUCGCCGUGCCCACGAUCAGCCCUCCUCCCCAAUUGGUCACCAGCACAGUCUACACCACAAAGAUGUACACCAUCACAUCUUGCGCUCCUGAUGUACCAAACUGCCCUGUUGGCCAGGUCACGACCAAGGUCAUUCCUGCAUACACCACCGUCUGCCCGUACACCGAGACGACACCCGGCAGCAGUAAGCCUUCAGGCGACGUCCCCAACCCUCCCAAGCCCUCUGGCGACGUUCCUCAACCUCCUAAGCCCACCGGGGAUGUUCCCAAGCCUACCGGUGGCCAAGGUGGCAACAAGCCCUCUGGCGACGUUCCUCAGCCUCCCAAGCCUACUGGUGAUGCUCCCAAGCCCACUGGCAGCCAAGGAGGAAACAAGCCUUCUGGCGAUGUUCCUAAGCCCACUGGCAGCCAAGGUGGCAGCAAGCCUUCUGGGAGCAUUUCUCCCCCCAAGCCUACCGUAACUCCCGUUGUCCCCGGCAAAGGGGAUGACUCGACGACUUUCAUCUACAAGACCCUGACUGUCCCCGUUACGAUUGGCAAAUACAACUCCACACUCGCGGGUACCGGCUCCAACUACAAGCCCACCUCCACGGGCGGGUUCCCCAGCUACACAACGGCUGCUCCCGUUCCUAGCAAGCCUGUCCAGGCUGGAGCUGCCAAGAUUGGAGCUUUCGGAGUCGGUAGCUUGGCCGCCCUUGCCGUUGCCCUUCUGCUCUAAUGUGUGUAAGGGAUUGAUGAUUGGUUAACACGGAUAUGGCAUUUAUUUCUUUGAUUCUGUUCACGAGAUGUAUAAACAUGACUAAUAUUUCCUUUGUAUACCUAUGGUGCUGCAAUCGAGGCAUGUAAAAGCAAGCCUUGGCAUACAGAGCCUCGUGAUAAAACGUUUGGGGCAUUGCAUGCUAGAGCAUAUAGUAGAAGAAACAUGUUGUAUGUAAAUGCAAA